CUAGUCUUUCGCGCGACGCGACUCCGUCUCUGUGCUCUCUUUUCUUUCUCUGUACUUCUUUCUUUCCUUCUUUUCCUCACUAUUUGUAUACUUCACGAGCUUUUCGUUGCCAGGUCGAGCCGGAGCCGCCGUGAGUUUACGAAUUUUUUCGCGGACCAAGUGCAACGCAGAACAGUAAAUAUCGACUUUAACAAUAGACGGCAAGACACAAUACCAUCGAGAUUAUCCACGGAAAAACAGAACAUCAAGAAGCUUUGAAGCUCUCGGAUUCGGAUAGCGCACGCGAGCUCCAAUCUUGCGGCGCAAAAGAAAGGAAGCAAAGAGAGCGAUAAAUCCCUGGCAAGUCGUCGGGUAGGAGUAUACGACUUAGUUGAGGCGACGUCGUUCGCGCGCGCGUGGCCGAGUGUACUUAAACACAUCGUCGCCGAAAUCGUCGACGCACUAAUACGUCACAAAGAGACUCGACACACACCUGACCACGUGUGUGCGACUCUGAACGACUUACGGACUGAAGGAAUCGUGAUCGAAGCUCUCUCUCUCUCUCUCUCUCUCUCUCUCUCUCUCUCUCUCUCUCUCUCUCUCUUUCUCUCCGGUGCGUUAUAUAUAGAGUACCUACACUCUACAGACACGCGUAUGUGCACGUGUGUAGGCAGCUGAUUGAUAGUUUCCUCUGUUCACUCUUGCGCCCUUGGCAGUCGGCGUUGUUUUCACCGCAGCAGUGUUGAUGUUUCCAAUCGGAGCAUGCCAGAGACGAGACUCGGAAGCUGCGCUGUACAGGAGAUUGGUCGCCACUGUGGGCGACCCGGACCACUAUGUGCGCGACCGCAACUCCAGCUCGGCUCUUCUCCACGACGGGCUUCACCUAAGGGCUGAGUGGACCACGCACAAGGACAAAGAAUCAUCUUCCGGCAUAGAGGGAAUGUCAGCGAGUUCAAGUCACAAACUCUGGCGGUCCACAACGGGACUGGACGAUGCUGGAAUGGAUUUGCGUGUGGCGCAAUUCAGUGCCCAUACCAGUCGGGAGUUCGACUCUGCCACGACUCCGGCAGGGCUGGAACAACAACUGCCUCUCCUAGUAGCUCUCUGUGCCAUUGCUGGUGCCAUCCUCUUUGCUUUCCUGAUUCUGUUAUGGCUGCGACAGCAAAUGUCGCGUGAGAAGGACGCUGAAGAAGGCGACAGGCGUGGUUUGGUGGAGGAAGGCACAGUCUGUCCUCCGGACGAUGCUAACAAAACCACCAAAACAAAAGCCCUGACUGAGGCCAAGUGGGUACCCGAGUCUGUCCCAGAAAUCUCAGCAGUAGUAACUGCUGCCUCGGAGAACAUUAGCACAAAGUUCGAGAAAGUUAUCAAAACGAAGGUAGAAACCGAAACGCGAUGGCUGGCCGAGCCGGUGCCACACGUCUCGACGGCAUGCGUCGAGCGCACGGAGGCGGCCUCGACCAGCUCCAGCGCGAGCAGCGCCAGUAUAAUGGCCACGACGAAGGUCCCCGAGACUCGUUUGGCGAAACGCUCACCCCGUCGAGACUGCGGUGGCAAUCGUCGCACCCGAUCGAUGUACUCGUCGCACGUGUCGGCCAUAGCGACACCGGAGCGCAAACCCGACCCUCAUCGACGCUGCAAAGGUCUGCUCGAGCGUCGAGGCUCCAGUGCCAGUCUCACCAUCGACCUGGCCCCGGCUCCCGAGAGCCCGCCACACAGCGUCACGCCGACGCGCGAAUGCACCGCUGAGGAAUACUUGCUCAGCGCCACUAACAGACUAACAAGAGAUCAGCUGAGGAAGUCUGUCGAGAAUCCGAUCGCUCUGCACACGGAAUUCUGGAAAGUGCCGCUGAACUAUCCCGAGGAGGUAGACGUCUGCGGAUCUGGAGUGAAGAACAGGUAUCCCACUGUUCUGCCCAACGCAAGAUCCAGAGUCAUACUGCCCGGGAGCGAGGAUCCACUGACUAGUUACAUUAACGCUAAUUACGUUAGAGGCUACGACGAUGAAUCGCGUUACAUAGCAACGCAAGGACCACUGUCGCACACGAUUGCAGACUUCUGGAGCAUGGCUUGGGCAGAGCGAACGCCCGUCAUCAUCAUGAUAACACGACUUCACGAAGCGGCCAAGACCAAGUGCGAGGCCUACUUCCCGCUCGAGCUGAACUCUCGCAUCCAAGCCGGGCCUUUCACUGUCAUCCUCAAUUCGAUGGACACUCGAGGCGGCUACUCGGUGCGCGACCUCGAGGUCAGGUACGAGAACGAGAGGCGAAUCAUACAACAUUACUGGUAUGAUUCAUGGCCGGACCAUUUGGUACCGCAGACGGCGGAUGCUCUGGUCGGUCUAGCCGCAGAAAUUAACACGCUGACUGGGCCGAUAAUCGUGCACUGCAGCGCCGGUAUCGGUAGGACUGGCUGUUUCAUUGCUCUGGCCACUGGUAUGACGCAACUGAUCCGCGAGGGAAACGUCGACAUUCUACGAAUUCUGUGCCAAAUGAGGUACGACCGAGGAGGUAUGGUCCAGACCGCAGAACAAUAUGAAUUUUUGCACAAGGCGCUGUGCCUCUUCGAGGAAACGCUGGAACGCAAGACGUCAAAAGACGACGACCGGAAAGAGAAGCCGAAGUAAAUUCGAGUUGCCAUUCACCAAGUGAAUCAGGUACGAAAGGCUCGAGGAUCGUUGCACGAAGGGCAAAGACGAAUAUGGGCUAGAUUCGUUGUCUCUUUGAGCUGCCAUUACUAAUACUUACUGCCAUGACGUAUCUUCGAUGCUGAAGCAAAACAAACAUUGCAUCGCCACGCAGACGCACGUAAUCACACAAAUACAUGAAGAUAACGCACUUCUUGCGUGGAUCAAUCGCUUAUCGUCACUUUGCAAUAGGUCUGAACAGCGAUGAUCGUUUUUUGGUCACACAUCGGAAAAAUUUAGCCGCUCCUCACGUGGCCCUUGACACGCAUUAUCGGCUUUUGCGUCUACUAUCAAAGUAUUUUGACAGUUAUAUUUAUUUUUUAUUUAUUGUUAACCCUCUGAUAGUCGAUCUUUUUAUCCACUUGACGAGAGAAGUUUUUAUAUAUACUUCCGACGUAUUGUCAGAGUUAAAAUCCACAAACACAGACUUUAACGUUGAACCAAGCGUUACUUCGAAAAAGUACGGCGAACUGUCGGAAAUGCGAAAUUAGAUAGCGCAGCCGACAGAGCUGAGACUUCCCGGACCUGAAGAGAGACGAAAUCAAAUCACAUAUAUACACAACGACAUUAACUCGGGACCGUCAAGGAACAUCCGCUCUUGUCCAACUCUAUUCAGUUCCUAGGUGUAACACCGUCAAUACCUUCAUCGCCAUUUUAAUCGUCAUUCUGUAACCAUCGUUACUGUAUCUCUCUAUCAGCGAGCUCACUGUUGUUGUUACUAUUAUUAUUAAUCUAUGAGGAAAAGAAAAGAAGCUGCUAAUCGCGUCGUACGUAGAGCAACAUUACGUCUGUCUCCCGACGCUAAAAACAAAUUUCAUCAUCGCGUAGGCGACGUCAUCGUCGGAGAGUAACUGUCGAAUUUUUCGAGUAUAAUCUAUAUUUAGUGGAAAAGACUGAAUGUGCAUGGAUGUAAUACGAUGUUAAUCGACUCAUUAUAAUUCCUCGUAUAAGUAGCUUAGAUUAUACAUUUGACGAGGAAUUCGAUAAAAUGAAAUCCGACGAAUCUCGGCGUUCUAACCAAAUGACACGAUUAAAAAUAAUAAUAGUAAUGACCGUAACAACAAUAAUAAAAUAAUAGUAAUAACGAUAACUAUAAUGAAUAAUUAAUAUUAACUCUAAUAAUAGCAGUAAUUGUGGAUGUUCAGCAGAGUGUAGCAAACAAAAAAAAACGAGUAUGAAUCCUACAUACUCGAAGUGAAGUAAAACAUCUAAAUGUAAAAAAUUCGAAAGAAUCCACUGUGUUCAUUUAAAUCGGAGGAUCGGUUACGCGUGAAUCCUUAUAUGUGGCUAUUGUCUCGAACCUAUGUGCAUAUUCAACGGAUAAUAAAAAAACGUAAUUAACAAAACAAUAUAUACACCCAUAUACAAGAUUGUCAUGGAAUAUUGACGUAAAUUCAGUCACGCGUGGCCGUCCAAUAUAUUAAUAGAACAAAAAUUCUCAAUUUAAGCGGUGUAGGGAAGAGAAACGAUGACGACGAUAGUUGCAUGAUUAAAAUUGAAAAAAGCUACAUAUAUUCUAAAUGAGCCGCAACGGACGCGGUUUAAAAAGAAAUAGUAAAUAAUACUAAAGCCGAGUGUUUAGCGUUUAUUUGCGACGGCAUAUCACCGAAAGACAAGUGUGUAAUAACGAUAUUUUGAAUUGUUUUUCUUGCGUUUGGCACUAAUUCGGCUGCUGUCGACCAAACGAUGUGUUGUGUCAGUGAUUUUAAUCCGCGUAUCUCACUUUUACCGUCAGACGACGAUUUCAAUCGAUCCGAUCGGAUUUACGGAUUAAAACCACGUCGUCUCGUCGAUAGCAGCUCUUAUUGCAAAGACGAGUGAAAAUUCCGCGAAUGAAUGCGAAUCGGCGUGAACGGGACACAUGCAUAAUACACUCUAUUCAACAUCCCAAUGUGCCUAAAAACGAUCUUAAUUAAUAUCUUUACGUAUUAUAACUUAAUCAAAUAUGUCUCUGGAUUAAGUCUCGGGAUAAACCAGAUCAAAAAAGCGAAUUUAUUGGCGUUGCUUUAAUCGACAAUUAUUAUGUCGCGGACUUACCUAUCCGUGCGAACGUCUGCAUUAUAUUUUCAUUGUAUACACAGCGCAACAGGUCUUUAAGGUGGUCGAUUGUAAGAUCGUGAACCUUGAUUACCCUCGAUUCUUUCGAAUCUCGCUGAUAUAUGUGAGCAGGUGAAGCUUGUGAUGUAUUUAUCGUGUAUGAUAGUGUACAGGGGAGUGUGAUGGAGGGAGAGAGAGGGAGAAAGAAAGCCGUAGAGAUUUAGAAAGCAUGUAUCGAGGCAUGUAUUACUUGUUAGGUUUGCCGUGUAUCUGCUACGUUGUAUCUAGCUGAUGACGAGAAGGAAAGUGAAUUUCCAUCGUAGGAAUAGCUGGAGUAUCCUUAUCGCGCGGCAGGUAAAUACCAUUUUUUCUCAUUGUGUAAAUUAAAUUUUUAUAAGUCGUUUGCUAUUUCACGUCUCGCGUUGUAGACACGUUUUUAUUAUUUUAUUAUCAUCGAUUGUUAUGGAGAGAUAUGGCGCAUGAUUAUUCGUACGGUGUUCUUUUUAUUUAUACACAGAUAACGUUUACUUUUCGUCUCAAUCUGUUAAAUUUUGCAAGGGAGGGAGAAAGGGUAAUCUAGAGAGAGCUUUUUAUUUAUACGGAAUGCGAAAAUGGCUUAUCUAUAACUGUUACGCACGAAUCUCACAUUGAUUUUAUUUUUUACGAAAAAAAGUAAACGCAUAUAGUUUUCAAUCAGUUCAUGUAUAUAUAGAGCUUGCCAUUAAUUUAAACCGAAAACGUCUACAAAUAUACUAUAUGGCGAAGUAUUAUAUCGGAAGAAGUUUAUUAUUAUUAUAAUUUUUAAGUAUUUAUAUAUGUGACAGCUCGUUCGCUGCGUCAUCAAUAUACGCGUCAGAUGUCAAUCGCAAUCGCAAAGAUAUUUUUUGUUAAAAAAAAAAGAGUUUAAUAGAAAACGGGCAUAUAAGCGUGGCAGUACCGAAAAUGUCAAUGGGGUACGAGUUAUAAAAGAAAAAAGAUGUGUUGCGUCCUCAACAAAUAAUACGUAAGCAGAGCAACAACAAAAAGUGAAAACGAUUAUACCGAUGGAAGUUGCAGCAACAAUAAUUUUAGCAACCGCUUGGUGUUCAAUUGUAUUUGAAUGACGUAAAUAAAUGUUUAUAGUGUCUAUGGAUCAUGAAAA